AGUGCUGCAAGGAGCACAUUGCCACCAUGUGGUUCUCUGUGUUACUUGCACUCCUUUCUAUAAAGACCAACGGUAUCUUCCGCGAGGGCUUCCUUUCAAAAUGGACUUCCAUUCUGCAGGAUCCCAGCAUCCGAGCUCCUGGGCCCACUAUCUUCAGUCAACCACAGGCAAAUCAUUUAUUCCCUAGAAACCAGUCUGCCUUUUCUUAGUUCAUCCAAGAAGAUGAACAUCAGCUUUUCUAAAGUGUACUCCUGGAACAGCAGAAGAAGCUACAUAAAUGAGACCACCAAAACUCACCCAGUUAUAUGUAGAGGUGAAUCAAACCAUACGGUGCCACAUGGGGGUUGCGCAACGAGCAAAACUAAGAUUGUUUCUGCAUUUCAGGCCUUACACAGAUGAUGGCAAUCUGAGUACUGAAGGAAUGCUGCAAGUAGAAGAACAGAGUAGGCCUUUCCAGUGUAGGUUGCGGUCAAUGAAGUGAAGGUCUGGGAACAACUUUGUACCAUGUAUUUAGGAGGGAUGUUUGGUCUGCUGGUCUAGACUGAACCUGAAGCAAAAUAGACUCCUUGGGACAGAGGUGAGGAUCCUUGGCAUUAGACAUUUCAGUCUGUGGGCCCAUUUCUGCUGCACCAAAUUAAUUAUUAGCAUAGUCAGCCCUGUCACCUUGGGAACUGCAGAGCUGCCUGGACUGUGGCAUAUUAUUCCUAAUAAGCACAGAGACUGACUCACUACACGUCUAUCUGGAAGCACUGGGAUGGGGGAUAACACAAGUAUGGGGGAAAAUAUACAUAUUGUUGAUGUAGAGGAUAACUCUGAGCAGAGGACCCGGCUGCAGCCAGCAUUUUAGCAUUCAGGAUCUGCUUGCAGUGACUCUAAAGCAAUAGUGAACAUGUGUGCAAAUGGUGCAGCUGAACAGGACAGGAUGCAGAGCUGUGUAAACGGGCAGAUGAAAACCACCAAAAUAGCUUGGAUCAUUCGAUGACACAGGCAUUACUAUCAUGUAAUUUACUCUAGGGUGAAAUUACUGCUGAUUCCAAUCACAGAACCAUAGAAUCAUGGAACUGUUAAGCCUGGAAGAUCAUCUAGUCCAACCAUCAACCCAUCACCACCAUGCCCACUAAACCAUGCCCCUCAGUACCACAUCUAUGCAUUUCUUGAACGCCUCCAGGGACGGCGACUCUACCACCUUCCUGGACUGCCUGUUCCAAUAAUAACGUGCAGAUAGGUCCUCAGAGGAACAUUUCUUUGCAGUGCGAGGACUGUCUUUCCUAAUUCUAUUUUCUAUACUUUGACCACACAAUAAAUCAGGUUUCUUAGUUUGCUUAAUAUUGACAAUAACCAUAAAAUACCCAACAUUUCUCAUGCCUCUAGUAAUACUAAUCAUCUGCCUUUAGUAGUCAUCUGUAGGCUUUCCAAUUAUUCUACAUCUCUUCUACAUCUCUAAAUUUUGAAGGGAGAGUUUUAGGCAAUUUUUUUCUCCCAGUUCACUGAGCUUUUGUUUUCAGUGUGGUUUCUGACUGAUGAGGGCCAGUCCCAAUAUUUUCUUUCAGUUUCUGGUACAUCUGAAGCUCCUCUGAUCCUUUUCAGUCAGGUCAGGAUUCUUGUUAAUGUUUGUGCUCAGAGCUGGAUCUUUCCUCAGCAACAGCAGGUGGCCUCGAGUCUGAUCUACUGCAUGUGUCUAUCCCAGAGCUGGACACCCCAAAACCACUGUUAAAGAAUCAUAGAAUGGCUUAGGUUGGAAGGGACCUUAAAGAUCACUGAGUUCCAACCCCAUGCCAUGGGCAGUGCCACCCAGCAGCUCAGGCUGUCCAGGACCCCAUCCAAGCUGGCCUCGAGCGCCUCCAGGGAUGGGGCACCCCCAACCUACUUUUUGGAAUUUAAAUCAGCUGCUGGCAAAAGAAAUCAAGAAAUGCAUACUUAACAGUCAGGUAAACAGCAUUGGUGGGCCACCCUCCCGUUGUGGCACGGUUGGUGGACCCAGAGCCAAUUUAAUGACUGUCCAGGGAUGGAAAUAAUGUGAGCUCUCUGACUAGAGACACAGACUUGACGUACAGGAGCCUCUUUUUCUCCACAAAACCCGUUAGAGGCAGGUGCUGUGAGGGCGGCCAGGCUCAUCCCGAGGUAAAUCCUAAGCUUUAUGUGCCUGCAGCCCACCAGGAGUCCAACCUUACGGGAAAAACUGCGUAAUGUGGAGGUUUACAGCGUUCGAAGCACUACUGGGGCCCGAAGACUACAACCCCGACGUUACCCUGCCCGUGCACAGCAGCGGGGCCGGGCGGAACGCUGUGGCGCGGAACGCUCGGCGCAGCUCCCGUUCCCGGCCGGCGGCGCUGAAGGGACGCCGAGGCUGUGAGCGCCGCGCCGAGGGCGCCAUGUGGGGCCGCCUCUGCGGCUCCGGCCGCAUCCUCCUCCUCGCCGGGGCAGCGCGGCACUGCGGGCGGCCUCACAGCAGAACGCAGAAACUCUUCAGCACUAGCAGUGUGCUCUCUGCUACAGAAGAUGAACCUACUGCUCCCGCAGACAGCACCACCAAAGUGGCAUCAAAGGAGGGUGCAGCAGAAACACCAAAGCAGAAAUUGCUAAAAAUGAUCGGUGAUAUGAAAGUGGAAGUGACCACCAAGAGGAAAUUUCAACAAUUAAAAGAACAGGAGAUCAAAAAGCAAGCCACUAACAAGCAGGAAGGCCUGCACGGUGGAAGUAGCACAUUUCAGAAUAGUGCAGAAGAUGUUCAGCGAAGCAAGCCUUUAAAUCCAGAACUGGUGCAGGCUGCAUCUGCCGUUGCAUCUUCCUUCCCACACAACAAGGAACAAGCAGAAUCAGAAUUACUUGCACAACUUAGAAGACAUGAAGAAACCACAGAUAAACAGAGAAGGGGAGGAACUAUUAACAUAUGCAACGUUAUUUCGGAAAUGACAGUUAAGAGGCAAUCCCCAGCUCAGAGAGGAGUGAGGAUAUCCAAUCGCAUCUCCUUGGAGAUGGAUGAGGAUGGUCAAAGAAUCAAGCCUGGAAGACCCUCAUCUCACUCUGACUCCGGAAGAAGUCUUAAAGCAGGAAAAAGGCUUAAUAUAUUCACUAAGGCUUCUCCAGAAACGGAAAACGCACUGAAAACAGUAUCUUCACCAACAAUUUGGGAUCUGGAAUUUGCAAAGGAGAUUGCAGCAGUAACUGAGCAGCCUCCCCGGAAUGGUUUUGAGGAGAUGAUCCAGUGGACAAAAGAAGGAAUACUGUGGGAGUUUCCAAUUGACAAUGAAGCAGGGAUGGAUGAUGGUGCUGAAUUUCACGAACAUAUCUUUCUGGAGAAACACCUCAAAGACUUUCCCAAGCAAGGACCUAUUCGCCACUUCAUGGAACUGGUCAUCUGUGGGCUUUCAAAAAACCCAUACCUCAGUGUUAAGCAGAAGAUUGAACAUAUUGAGUGGUUUCGGAAUUAUUUUGAAGAAAAGAAGGAGUUUCUUCAAGAGAUUUGAGAUUUUGGAAAGUGCUUAACCUUCAAGUGAAGAAAAUGUGCAGUAGUCAUGUGAUCUGAAAGUUGCAUUUUAAAUAAUAAAGGCCAUAAUUCUGUGUGAA